AUGUCGGACGACAAAAAGAACACAGGCUUCAAGAGGAAGUUCCAUCUGAAGUCUAGGAAAGGCUGCUCUACUUGCAAGAAAAGAAGGGUCAAAUGUGAUGAAGCAAAGCCGCUGUGCAACAAUUGUGUGCGUAUGAAACUUGUUUGUGGAUAUCUAGACGAUGCUGGUGACCACGGCCCAAGUUCCAAACGACAGAAGGCUCAUGUCAAAUCAGAGGAUGAUCUGCUUGUUUCGUCACCAGACAUGCAACAGGCAACGCCGGGAAAGACUCCAUCGCCUCAUGGGAAGCAAGAUAGUGCUACUCCCUCGUUGAUUGCAUCGGCAUUGAGUUCGGGACUCUUGAAUGCUGGCAACUUAAACAACAUCAACUUGAGCCAUUUAGUCAACAACUUGAGCAACAUAGGCGACUUGAGCGGGCUCGGAAACUUGGCAAACUUAAGUAGCUUGGCUGUAUUGGCUCAACUUCCCAUCGAUUUGUCGGCGUUAGGACCUCAAAUGGCAGGAAUGAGUCUAAGUCUACCCGGAUUUGGUGGUCUGUCGGGUCUGGAUGGUCACCCUUCGGCAGUAGAGCCACCAGAAAACGUACUUGGAAAUCACAUAUCUGUCAACACCUCCCAGCCGAAUUUGGGACUCCAAAACGUACGUGCAGAUGACCUCCAUGAAGAUGUGUCCGAUGAUCCACCAGUAGUCCUUCCAGAGCCAUACCAGGAGCCUCCUAGCAUUUCGCCCAAUGUGUCCAAUAUGCCCAAUCCAUUGGCACUGGGCGGUUUGGGUAACUCCGGUACAUCUCCAUUCUUUAACCAAGGCUCCAGUGGCCUUAACAUGCUUGAUUUACGUCUUAUGUACCACUACACCACACAGGUGGCCAGCACUAUCACGGGAGCUGGUAUUUCCGACACAGAUAUAUGGAACCAUGAUGUUCCAAUGCUUGCGUUCGAGUAUCCAUUCUUGAUGCAUGCAAUCUUGGCAUUUAGUGCAACCCAUUUGUCGAGAACAGAGAAGGGCCUCGACCAGUGUGUCACCUGCCAUCGUGGAGAUGCACUUCGACUUUUACGAGAGGCUAUUUUGGAUAUCAACAGCGAUAAUACCGACGCAUUGGUGGCCAGUGCCUUGAUUUUGAUUAUGGACUCUUUGGCCAAUGCAUCUGUUCCGUCGCUGACGUCGCCCAAGUCACUUCCUGCUUCUGCGUGGAUUUUCCACGUCAAAGGUGCUGCCACAAUCUUGACAGCUGUGUGGCCAUUGACGGAAGCUUCGCGAUUCUACAAGUUCAUCAGUGUGGAUUUGGGAGAUUUGGGCGAUAUCAUCAAUGAAAAAAGCCAACUUUCGUCAAUGGAACCCCAUUCAUAUGCCAACUUGGAGUGUCAUGACUCUGAUAUCGCGGACUUAUACCCUGUGCCCAUCAAUUCUCCUUACUUGAUCACGUUAGCAUAUCUUAACAAACUUCACAAGGAACGCUACAAGGCUGACUUUAUUUUGCGUAUCUUCGCCUUCCCAGCGUUGCUUGACAAGGACUUCUUGACGCUUUUAAUGUCUGGAGACAUCAAGGCCAUGCGGAUCAUGCGGUCUUAUUAUAAGCUUUUACGUUCGUUUACUACUGAAAUGAAGGAUAAGGUCUGGUUUUUGGAAGGAGUCUCUCAGGUUCUUCCGGUAGACGUCGAGGAAUAUGCUGGUGGAGCUGGAGGAAUGCACAUGAUGCUUGACUUUUUAGGAGGUGGCCCAGCCAUAGUGGAAGAUCACGAAGUGGAUAAAGAUCUCUCCAUGAUUGACCCUGGCGGCCAAAUCGCCAACAAAUUAAUCGACACCAAUAAUCUUCCAAGCGACAUCACCAGCAAUUUGGAUAUCAUGCAAGGCGACAACGGAAUCAUGGGCAUCAAAUAA